CAAGAAAGAGGCUAUGAUCGUACCUAACCUUAUCCUCUUUCUUUCUUUCGUUCUUUCUUUUUGUUUUGUUUUUGUGUCUUGUUUAAGACGAAGACAAAGUAAUCUAUCAAUCUACAGCCCAGAAGCAAGUCUACAUACAAAAACAUCCCUUUCACUUCCAUCUAUCCAUCCAACCCCACUCGUGAUUCAGCAAAUUUUGCUAAAAAUUAAAAUCAAUUUGAAGAAGAAGAAGAAGUAUUUUACAGAGAACAGGUCCAGACCACAGGGAGGGAAGAGUCACGGAAAUAUCUUCUUCUUCUUCUUCUUUUUUAAGUGGAAUUGACGCAAGCAAGCAGCAAUAGCUCAACUGGUACACACAAUAAUACCCCCAAUCAAAUUCAAAACCCCCCCAGAACUUUAAUUUUUUUUUUUUUUCUUUUUUUGUUUCUUGUGCAUAAUUUAUUGCAUUCAUUCAUCUAUUUCCAAAGGGGAAGGAAGGAAAGAUCGAAGAGUAAUUUGUAUUUAAGUACAAGUGCUAGCAAUGAGUGACAACAAAUCAGUACUAUUUUUUUUUUCUUUUUCUUACAUAAGCCUAAGUUAUCAUUCUCAUGAUUAUGAUGAUUCAAGAGCUUAUUUCAUUCUUUCUCUAUUGACUUCUUCUGCUUCUACUUCUUGUGUUGAUUCUAUCUAUGUAUGCCUUGUAGAACACUAAUGGUUCAACUUGUUUUGACUAGUGGUAUUUUUCUUGUGGUUCCUGCUAUUAGCUUCUUGGGUUACAAUAUUAUUCUCAGAUUUUCAUCAUCAUUGCCAUCAAAGGCCAUGGAUGAUGGCUUUGUCAACCAACAUAUAAACUCGCUGUUGUUGCCGUUGCCGUCAUCAUCAUCAUCGCCAUCUUUUAUUGUUAGUAAUCUACAAUCAUACAAUUCUCUUCAAUUUACCAACACCCAUGUUUUUGAUUUGGUUACUAGAUUGAAAAAACAACCUGCCGACAUCAUCACUCUCUCUGCUUUCCUUUAGUGAAUUUCCCCGUCAUUUUGAACCCCAUCAUUAAAAUCAUUGGUAACAUGCUGCCUUUGUCAUUCACCACUACCGUAAUCACUUCCUCCUCCUCCGUUUGUCAUCGUAAUGUGCAAACAAAUGCAGCUUCGGCGUUUAUGGAUAUGACGGCUACUUCCUUAAGUGUUAGUCACUGUCACGGUGGUAGCUCACAUAUCAGGUUGUCUGGAUGUGGCUGGACUUAUAAUAACCGAAAGAGGAGUAUGUAUACAAGUUACUCUCCCCCAUUGGCGUCUCUAUCUGGUCGUCGCACACCGGCUAGUAAAGAUCCAGUGCACUCCAAUUUAUAUCUAGAGGUUUUGGAGGACGCCAGGGAAAAGUUUACCCAUGAGAUCUCUCGCUGCUCCAAUGACAAGGGAUACCUUUCUCUUGCUAAGGCUUUGCUAUAUGUUGCAGCUGAAGAUGAAGCUUUCAUGGCCAUUAAUCGAGAGAUGGAUUCAAAUUCUAUCCGAAGUGAACGGAGAGAAGAUGGUUCGACAUUCUUUAGACCUAAAGAUGACUGGUCUGACUUGGAGACAAUGCCUUUGGCUGGCAAAAGUAUGUCUGAAUGGUUGGCUGAGUUGGACAACAUUGCCAAAGAAGUUGAAGCAGAACUAAUUCCAAGAGAUAUAGGUUGUGAUUUGAUGGAAGUUAUGGAGGCAGUGAAUUUUGUACUUUUAGAGUACAGGGGAUUCAGAAGGUUUCCUACCCUUGUUGAUUCAAAAUUUUCAUAUUUGCAUACGGUAUUAAGCUCUGGUCGUAGCAGUGCCAUAUUGCUAAGCGUUAUCUAUAUUGAAGUUUGCCGAAGAAUUGGCGUGACAGUUAUUGGAUCUCGAGUUGGGGAAGAAUUUUUGAUAUGGCCUCAAACAGAGAACCCUGAGGAACUUUUCAAAGUGACAUCAGGGAAUAGCUUGUUUUCUCUAGUUAAUGGAAGGUGCGUAGAGGAUCCAAGCUCAAAGGCUUCCGACUUGAAAAGUAAAUCACUUUUGGGACUUGAUAUUGCAACUGACAAAGAUAUCGUUGGGAUUGCAUUGGCUAAUUUGAUUAGACUUCACUGGAAACGUGCUUCAAGGAUGAACCAUGGUUUAAUGCUGACUUCUCCACUCAGACGCAUUGGAGAGGCAAAUGAAAUUUUUAAAAUGUUUGAUGAUUCCAAGCACCCUUUAUUGCGCCCUCUUGAGUUAAGGUUGGCUAUCAUGGCAUCUGAAAGAUUGUUGCUUCUCCAACCACAUAAUUGGGCAUUAAGGAGAGACCAUGGCAUGCUCUUAUUCUACAGCAGGAAAUAUGCGGAAGCUGUCCAAGAGCUUAGCAUUUGCAUGGCGUUUGCACCUGUAGAAGAGGUAGAAGUUCUGGAGCCAUUUGUUGAGAAAUUGCACUUGUUACGAAUUGAAUCUUCUUGGAAGUCUUUGGAACACAACGGUGGUCGGUUGACAGUUCCUUGAUUUCAUAUUGUUUCUUUUCUUUUCAGUCUUGUUGUACAAGAGGAUUUGUUCCUUGAAUCUAAUUUUCGGUCAUUAUGUAGAAAAAAGUUGAGUUCUGUGUAAGAUCUUUAGUAUUGCCAACAGCUUGGAGCUCAGGGCACUAAGAUCUUUAGUACUGCCAACAGCUUGGAGCCUAGGGCACUAGAUCUUCUUUUCUUAAAUGGCAUCAAUAUCUUGGGUACUAUUGAUAUGUUUGGACUCGCAACUACUUUUUUUUUUGAUGCAAAAAAAUAUUAAACCAGCAUAUUAAAUGA